AAGAUGGUUGCAAAGCUUCGGAUUUUCUCCGGAAAAUUGUAUUGGCGAUUGCUUAUACUUUUCAGUCAAGGGACAUUUCGGUCAUUUAGACGAAAAAUGAAAUUAAUUUUUCUUUUCAGUUAUUGGACAUGUAUCAAGUCUCCUGUGUCAAGCUGCUCAUUAAUCAACCCUACUAUUCAUGUCUGGUUAAAAAACCACCUUGAACAAAUCAGUUUUUGAUCAUCGGAGCUCGAAACCAGGCGAUUUUUGGCGAUCCAGAUCAAUAAUUAGAUACAUGGGGUCGCAGGGAGUAAAGUUUUUUUGUUCGACUUGCAAGAUUGGUGUCGAGGGUUGCGUGGAAAGUGGUUAUGCACUGCUCUUGUGCGGGCAUCGCAUCAGACUUGAUAGCUUUAUGAUAUCUGCAUUUAUAGUUAAGGGAGAGGUGGAAUGUGGUAACUGUAGAAAAGCUGAGGAGGGUCAAUGGCUUAUUCUAGACCGUCUCUGGCCAUCUCCAGAGUACGGGGUUGACAACUCGGACAUUCUUGGAUAUGCUUCUGAUCUGACUCCUCCAGGAUCAGCGCCAUUCCCAGGAUAUAGUGUGCAUGCUGAUGCUGUUUCUAACUGUUACAGUUCUUUUCCCAAUGGUUUCGACUCAUUUGACUCGCUAAUGGAGCAUCCUUACCCCGAUAGUGUUGCUCGUGCAGCAUUGCGUGCAGAAGCUGUUGAAUCCUAUAUUCUGGAGGCGAGAAAUCAAAAGCAUGUGGGUUCAUUUUCUGAACAGCCACAGGAUGGAUCUGCUGGACAGAGCCAAACUUUUGACCCUUCUUUUCCCAAUGGUUUCGGCUCUCUUGACUCGCUAAUGGAGCAUCCUUACCCUGAUAGUGUUGCUCGUGCAGCAAUGCGUGCACAGGCUCUUGAAUCCUAUAUUCUGCAGGCGAGAAAUCAAAGGCAUGUGGGUUCAUUUUCUGAACAGCCACAGGAUGGGUCUGCUUGAAAGAGCCAUGGUUUAGUCAGGAAUCCAUCUGGACCUACUCAUAGUAAAAAAUGGUCAUAAUAAUAGGAUGAUUUUGAUUAACAACUAUGCAACUUGAACAACUUUUUUAUCGAAUUGCAUAUGUAAGUUGGUAUGUGGACAAGUGACGGUGUAAUCAACUGUGGACUUGAAAUCUAAGAGGGAAAUGUGUCUGUGUUUACCAAAA